GAUGCGCUUCCUCUCUCACAGCGGCAAAGGCGAACCUGGUUUUUCAAGCAAGCAACGCAACUUGGAUUGACAUGCGAAGGAGGACUCCCCUCCCCUCCCGUCCUGGCAGAGAUUUACCACGAGAUGGAAUGAGCUCGCUUUAGAGAACCGGAAGGAUCUGUGGCUGGGGGAGCAACAAGGACACCCCUCCCCGAAGAAAAGAACCUGGAAGGACUGCUGACCUGAUAAGAAGAUCUGCUACCUGUGUACAGUGGAAAUUAAAUCUUGUGUAUGGCGUGGUUAAGGUUGCAGCCUGUCACCUCAGCCUUCCUCCACUUUGGGCUCAUUACCUUUGUACUGUUUUUACAUGGUCUGCAGGUGGACGCUGGCACAGGGGCAGUUUCCCCCAUCAUAGGACAUAAUGACACAUGCUCAGGUUCUUCUGAGUGCAAGGAAGGUGUCAUCUUACCAAUAUGGUACCCAGAAAACCCAUCUCUUGGGGACAAAAUUGCCAGAGUUAUUGUUUACUUUGUUGCACUGAUCUACAUGUUCCUGGGAGUUUCCAUCAUUGCUGAUCGUUUCAUGGCAUCCAUAGAAGUCAUCACGUCACAAGAGAAGGAGAUCACAGUCAAGAAAUCCAAUGGAGAAACUACCACAACUACCAUCCGUGUAUGGAAUGAAACUGUUUCCAAUUUGACCCUCAUGGCUCUUGGUUCCUCUGCUCCAGAGAUUCUUCUGUCAUUGAUAGAAGUUUGUGGCCAUGGAUUUAUUGCUGGUGAUCUGGGGCCUUCUACCAUAGUUGGCAGUGCAGCUUUCAAUAUGUUUAUCAUCAUAGCCAUCUGUGUCUAUGCCAUUCCUGAUGGAGAGGCUAGAAAGAUAAAACACUUGAGAGUUUUCUUUGUCACAGCUGCAUGGAGCAUCUUUGCAUAUAUAUGGUUGUACAUGAUUCUUGCAGUCUUUUCUCCAGGUGUGGUCCAGGUAUGGGAAGGCCUACUCACUUUGUGUUUCUUCCCUGUUUGUGUCAUCCUGGCUUGGAUAGCAGACAGAAAGCUUUUCCUCUACAAGUAUAUGCACAAAAGAUACCGUACUGAUAAGCACAGGGGUAUUAUAAUAGAGACAGAGGGGGAUCACCCCAAGGGGAUUGAAAUGGAUGGUAAGAUGAUGAAUUCCCACUUUCUGGAUGGAAACCUAGUGCCUAUGGAAGGGAAAGAGGUAGAUGAGUCUCGGAAAGAGAUGAUCCGGAUUCUCAAAGACCUGAAGCAAAAGCAUCCAGAAAAGGACUUGGACCAGCUAGUGGAGAUGGCCAAUUACUAUGCUUUGUCUCAUCAGCAAAAGAGCAGGGCAUUCUAUCGGAUUCAGGCUACCAGGAUGAUGACUGGAGCAGGCAAUAUUCUGAAAAAGCAUGCAGCUGAGCAAGCCAAAAGAAGUGCUAGCUUGCAUGAGGUGCGGCCGGAGGAACCUGAAGAAUUCAUUUCAAAAAUUUAUUUUGAUCCUUGCUCCUACCAGUGUCUUGAAAACUGUGGUGCUGUCCUCCUAACCAUCGUUAGGAAAGGAGGGGACAUGUCCAAGACCAUUUAUGUGGACUAUAAGACAGAAGAUGGCUCUGCAAAUGCUGGGGCUGACUAUGAGUUUACAGAAGGUACGGUUAUUUUGAAGUCAGGGGAGACCCAAAAAGAGUUCUCAAUAGGGAUAAUUGAUGAUGAUAUCUUUGAGGAAGAUGAGCAUUUCUUUGUGCGCCUCAGUAACCUCCGGGUGGUUGAGACAGAUGAACCACCUGACCUCAACAACUUGCCAUAUCCCAAGGCCAUACUUGCCUCUCCCUGCGUGGCUACUGUGACUAUUUUGGAUGAUGAUCAUGCAGGCAUAUUUACUUUUGAAUGUGAUGUGAUACAUGUUAGUGAGAGCAUUGGGGUCAUGGAGGUGAAAGUUCUUAGGACAUCUGGUGCUCGAGGCACAGUCAUAGUCCCUUUUAGAACAGUUGAAGGGACAGCAAAAGGAGGUGGAGAGGAUUUUGAAGAUGCUUAUGGUGAGCUGGAGUUCAAGAAUGAUGAAACUGUCAAAACUAUUCACAUCAAGGUAAUUGAUGAUGAGGAGUAUGAGAAAAACAAGACUUUCUUCAUUGAGCUGAUGGGCCCACGCAUGGUGGAUAUGAGUUUACAGAAAGCUCUCCUCUUGACUCAAGAAGUGGCAGAAAGGAAGCUGACAAUGGAAGAGGAGGAAGCCAAGCGGAUUGCAGAAAUGGGGAAGCCGGUACUGGGCGAGCAUCCCAAAUUGGAGGUCAUCAUUGAAGAGUCCUAUGAAUUCAAGAGUACAGUGGACAAGCUGAUCAAGAAGACAAACCUGGCCUUGGUUGUAGGGACACAUUCCUGGCGGGACCAGUUCAUGGAAGCCAUUACUGUCAGUGCAGCAGGAGAUGAAGACGAGGAUGAAUCUGGCGAGGAGCGUCUGCCCUCCUGCUUUGACUAUGUCAUGCACUUCCUGACUGUAUUCUGGAAGGUGCUCUUUGCCUGUGUCCCACCCACUGAAUACUGCAAUGGCUGGGCUUGUUUUAUUGUGUCCAUCAUGAUCAUUGGCAUGCUCACUGCCAUCAUUGGAGACCUAGCUUCUCAUUUUGGCUGCACUAUUGGCCUUAAGGACUCGGUGACUGCUGUUGUCUUUGUGGCUUUUGGUACUUCAGUUCCAGACACUUUUGCUAGCAAAGCAGCCGCCGUCCAAGACGUGUAUGCAGAUGCUUCCAUCGGCAACGUCACAGGCAGUAAUGCUGUCAACGUCUUCUUGGGCAUUGGACUGGCAUGGUCAGUGGCUGCCAUCUACUGGGCUUCCAAGGGACAGGAGUUCCAUGUGUCUGCAGGAACUCUCGCCUUCUCUGUGACACUGUUCACCAUCUUCGCUUUUGUCUGCAUCAGUGUCCUGCUGUACCGAAGACGGCCUCACCUUGGAGGUGAACUAGGAGGCCCCAAAGGGUGUAGACUUGCCACAACUUUGCUCUUUGUGAGCCUGUGGCUCCUGUACAUUUUGUUUGCCACCCUGGAAGCCUAUUGCUACAUCAGAGGAUUCUAAGCCGUGAAGAGGAUGAUCGAACUGGAAGGGAGGGCUCCCCCUCCUCCGUUACCUCAUUAGGCACCAGUCCUCAAAGUGUUGUCAAACAAGGAGCGACAGCUAUCAAUCCAAGAUUCCAUAGCUGCCCAGAUGGUAGGAGAACUGGGCUUUAAGAAGGGCAAAGCUAUCACAAAGUUUAACAUAACUAAAAUGAAGCCAACAACAUCAUCCCAACCACUGAUCCUAUCCAGUCAAAUCCAAAACUUCAGCAACAUUCAAAGUUCCUGUUUGUUUCAGUUGCUGCUGAUCUCAACUUUGUUCCUUCUUUCGCCUUAUUAAAUGUUGUGAUUCAGAUGGAAAACAAACAACUUUAUAUAUAUAAAUAUUUAAGGGUGUGAUUCUUAGAGCCAAAUCAGAUAAGAUGCUGAAAAACUGUAUAUAGAAUCUUCCUUGGUUUGUUAAAAGCUAAUCAGCAGGUCCAGGCAGCUGCUUUGAAGGUUAAGGAACUAUUUAUUUAACUGUUUUUUCUAAAAUGCUUCUCCCACAAUUUAAAAUGCUCCUCUAAAGCUUCAGUUUAUUCUGCGCAGAGGGAAAGAUAGAUACAGGUGCUUACACCUGUAUUUUCCCCCAUUCAGAGUGGAUUGCUGCUUUGGAUGGGCAUUUUAGGGUAUACUGAAGGUAUGAGCAGAAAGGGUUAAGCACCGU